UCCGAGGCACUCCAACACCAAAUAUGGUGAUCCAUCAACCAAACCCUAUUAAGGAACCUAUUGUACCUGCUAUUCAUGGAGGAGUUGAAGUUAUCCCCAAGCCUCCAGUGGUCAACCGACAUCCGGAGAAGAGACAGCGAGUCCCAUCUGCCUACAAUCGAUUCAUCAAGGACGAAAUCCAACGCAUCAAAGCUGGGAAUCCUGAUAUAAGUCAUAGAGAGGCCUUCAGUGCCGCUGCCAAGAAUUGGGCUCACUUCCCACACAUUCAUUUCGGAAUCAUGACCGAUCAAACCGUGAAGAAAACAAAUGUACACCAAAAGGAAGGAGAGGAAGUGGUGAUGAUAGAUGGGUUCUUUGCAGCAAACAACAUGGGUGUCUCCCCUUACCAAACAAGUGAAAACUACAGAUAG